AUGGAACUAUUUUCUUUUAUUACAAAAGAUGGAUUUUGGGGAUUUAGUAAAAAUAUAACUAAGAAAUAUGGUUCAGUGUGCAAAAUCUGGGUUUUUAAUCAGGCUACUGUAUUUAUUAGCGAUCCUGAAGAUAUCAAGGUAGUGUUGAGCAGUACAUCAAAUAUCGAUAAGAGUCUAGGAUACCGUUUAUUGCACCCAUGGCUUAAUAAAGGACUCAUCACCAGCACAGGGAAAAAAUGGCAACAACGUAGAAAAAUUGCAAAUACUGCAUUUCAUUAUAAUGUACUUCAAGAAUAUUUCCACACGUUUGCAGUAAAAGCUAAUAAUCUUAUUAAAAUCCUUCGGGCUGAAACUGAAUCAGGUGAAAUUAUCAAGGAGCUUCAUCCCAUAACAACUUCAGUGGCAAUUGAAAUUAUAUGUGAAACAGCCAUGGGAACAUUGUUUGAGACUUCAUUAACGUUUGAAUUAAAAAAUAGAGUAGGAAGACUAUGGCUGUACAACGAUUGGAUCUUUUCAAUGACCUCUAAAGGCCAUGAUUUAUCAAAAGUUGUAGAAAUACUCCAUGGAUUUACUAGAAAUAUUAUUAAACAAAGAAAAGAAUAUCACAAUGAAACUGAGGGAAAGUAUUUGUCAAUAGAAAAAACCCAAGAAGAUGAGGAAGCUGUAAAAAGUAAGAGAAAAAAGCUCGCUCUUUUGGAUAGUUUACUAGCAGCAUCCAAAAAUAAUCAGGCAAUCGAUGAUGAUGGAAUACAAGAAGAAGUUGAUACAUUUAUUUUUGCAGGUCAUGAUACUGUAAGCAGUGCAUUGCUUUGUGCUAUUAAACUACUUGCUGAACAUAAAGAUAUUCAGGCAACUGCUAGAGAAGAAGUCAAUCAAGUCUUGAUGAAGACAGAUGGAGAAAUGACAAUGGCUGCAGUUCAGCAGCUUUGUUAUUUAGAAAGAUGUGUCAAAGAGACACUAAGAUUGUGUCCAAGUGCUCUUUUCAUAGCUCGAAAAAUCACUGAAGAUGUCCAACUAAAGAAUUAUUUAAUACCAGCUGGAACUAAUUUAAAUAUUCAUAUUUAUAACGCUCAUCGUGAUCCUAACUACUGGAUCAAUCCUGAAGUAUUUGAUCCAGAUAGAUUCUUGCCAGUGAAUAGUAUUGGACGACAUUCACAUGCCUAUGUACCAUUUAGUGCUGGACCUAGAAAUUGUAUUGGUCAAAAGUUCGCUAUGAUUGAAUUAAAAACUGUUAUUGCUGGAUUAUUACGCAAUUUUUAUUUUAAACCAGCUGACGUUUAA